CAAUUUUCUGGUGCUUGCUUGACUUGCCCGGAUUUUGGUCAUAUUUUCUCCCUUCUUUUUCCCACAAUUCGAUUUUUAUCUCUGGAGACGAAAUUAGAAGUGGAUAAAAAUCCCUUCUUUACUUUUUCUUGGGCUUCUCUUCCAAUUGUGUGGGCUGAAUUUAGUUUUAGCGUCCGCAAUACGUGCGCCUUUCAGCCAGCUUGAAUUGGUGCUUCUAGCUCUCUAUACCAUACCUUUUACAGUAUCAUAGUUCAUCGUGCCUUCUCCUGCCGUCUUGUCUUUUCUUCCCUUUCCUUUUCCUUUCCUUCUUUUUCCAUUCUUUUUUUUCUUUUCCUUCACAAACUUGCUUUGUGCUUCGGUUUGCUUGAUUGCUAUGGCUCUUUCAGCAUUGCCACGACCAGCCAGUGACAAUGACUCGCUCUACUUUAUGGAAUCGAGCUCCAACUACUGGCAUGUUGGUCAGUCCUUCUCCCCAGAGAUUAAGGAGAGGGUCUCCACGAAUUACAAUUCCUCCUUGCUCACCGGAUUGCCCAUGUUAUCCACGUCGCAGUCUCCCACCAUUCCCCGGGAGGCAUCACUCAUGUCCAUACGGGAGGAAUUCCUGCAGAUCCCGGGGCCCAAUUCGUUUGUCAAUUCGGUUGAUGGAGGUGACGACAAGAGCUUAAGUGGGAGUUUGAUUUCCAAUGGCUCGAUAGGGACCAUGGAGACGGCUCCCCAAUUUCCGGGCUCGCCACGUGAGCCCUCGGUAGCCUUCGCGCCUAGUGAUACGAAGGAGCUACCUUGCGGUGCUCCUGGAUUCCAGAAAUGGCUAAAGUCGCUCUGCUGUAGGCGACUCUCUCUUCGGCCCAAUGUUCACACGCCUUUUCAAGGAGACGACCCCGAUGACGACGACUGGGCCGCCUCUAUUUUUUCUCUAGGAAUGGGCGACGAGGCAGAUUCUUCCAGCUUCAAAUUUGUAACAGCAGCCAAGACCGCUUCCAUCACGUUUGCAUCUAUGUCCCUGGAAGAUGAGUCCCCAAAGAGGAAGAACUCUGUCGCUUUGGACAGUGAUACAAUCGCAAGGAUGAGGGAUCGCAAAUGCGCAUUGGAGGAAUUGAUCAAUACCGAGGAAUACUAUAUUGCUGACCUCAAGGUUUUGGUUAAUCUCUACAUGUCUAUUCUCAAUGAUUGCGAGGGAAUUCCUGCGGAUAUCAGGGACGCCAUUACACGUAAUAUCUCUGAGAUCCUAUGUCUUCAUGAGAAGCUGUUGGAGGAGAUAUUUCAUGCACUCCCUGCAGCAUCCCAUCAAAUUCAGACGUACAAGGGGAGGAGUUUUGACGUGGGCUCGCAAGCUGACGAAUUUACGGGAAGCAAUGUUUUGGCCAAUCCCAUGGCUGCUGCAAAAGUGGCCAUGGUUUUUGAUAGAAUGAUCAGGGGCUUUUUUGUCUAUGAAGAGUAUUGUGCCAAAUACGAGCUUGUUUGUGAGAAAUUCAAGGAAUUCCGUGGCUCUUCGUGGUCCCUGCGGGAAAGGGGAUGUGAAACGCUUGCUGGUGCUAUUAGCUCACAAGACAACAGAGAGGAGUAUGGGAAACGAGCAUUAGCACUGGCUGACAUGCUGGUCAAGCCCAUCCAACGGAUCUGCAAAUACCCGUUGCUGUUUGCUGAAAUUGUAAAGUGCACGCCCGCCAUGGAUUGUCCCGAAUCGAACCAAUUGCUGGAUAAGGUUCGCUUUCGGCUGGAGGAGGCUGCACACCAGAUCAAUCUGGCCGCUGUUAAUGGACCGAAGAUACGUGAUAGAAUGGAGAAGACGUGGCUUCUGCAGGAUCGCCUCAAUUUCAAAUACAAGCCCGACUGUUCCAUUCGCCUUCUUGGCCAGAUUUUCCUGUGUGGUGCGUUACAUGUGGCAUGGCAGGGGCCAACGAUUCCAGUCGGAGAAUAUAUGGCUUGUCUACUUUACAAGUCUUACCUUUUACUCGCUAGGGUACCAAAAUCUGGUGGUACUUAUGAUGUCAAAUUCGCAAUAUCCCUUGGAACUGCCCGAAUGGAGGAGGCGAACCAGGGGCAAGGGUUGAAUUGCUAUUCUGCACUUUUUUCGUGGAAAAUCAUAUUUGAGGCUGGACAUCGGAUUUAUGAAGUGCUUCUGAGCGCUUGCUCGGCGACUGAAGAGGAGGUAUGGCGGAAUAGGAUCGCCGAAUGCAUCGCUGAAGAGAGUAAGGAUUAUGACGAAUAUAGUUCGGCAAAGUCGAGUAUAAUUCCUGUGGUCAUCUCUGAUAUGAGGUCUCUUGGCCAUGUAUUCGGACGACCUGGGACUCUGGCCAGAAGGCAGUCGUUACACCGUCCUAGGAGCACACCGCUGCCAAAGUCGGAUGUUAUUAUCAUUAACAAUACUCAUGCACUUUCGGAGGUGAUUGGGCCGAAAUCGACGUCGGGUCUGAGCAGGAGUGCUUCAGUACUCCAUGCAGGCCAGAUGACUGUCUUAUCGCCCAAGCGCACCGAGAGGAAUCGCAUAGAGCUGAAGUUAACAGAUGUCUGGACGAGGGAUCAAUUGGCUUAUGGAUUGAUGGCAAGCGGGGGUGUCCGAAGGAGGGACGCAAGCAAUUUAAUGAAGAGGUUAUCAGCAGCGAGUCUAGUCAGUAGUGCUAGAAAGUCUAUGCAUAGUCUGCACAUGUCUAGCAGCUCAUCAGAGGCAUCGUGGACCCAAUCGUGGGAUAUUGCAGGGGACGCGGAUCCGGGGAUAUUAAUGGGAGUGCCAUUGAAUGCGACGGAUAGAGCCCGGACUCCAAAUAGCCAUCCACACGGGGUAGGCAGAAGGGGCUAUACACUUUCCAGGGCGUUCUCCUUCUCAGGAAGGUCAAACGAUUUAAAGAGCGUUCUGAGAAGGAGCGGGAGCUCAAGCCUGGAAUCAAAAUCCGAAGAGGCACUGAAGGGGAGUGCGAACGCCGCUGCCGAGGAAUUAAAACCGGCGGAAGUGUGCAUCUCCGUUAGUGGCCCUGACGAGGGAGCGCGACGGAAAAGGAGGAGUCUUCGUCCUCGUCGCCUACGAGGGCUAGGCUUGGACUAAUGAUGUCUUCGACACCGUGCGCUGUCCCGUCUGAAUUCAUGAGAAAGAAGCAUCGCAUCGCUAUCAUUUCCAAGAGGGUUGAAGGGGCUUGAACCCCUUUCUCUCUUGAUUGACCCAUUCAUUCAUUCGUUCAUUUUAUUCGUUUUUUCAUUAAUGCUUUCUUAGCCCCUCCUUCGCUUAGUAAUUGUCUCUUCUAUUCCCUUUUUUGUCUCCCAUUUUCAAGUCUACACUACAUUCAUUGGGCGGUUCCCGCGUUUUUAUCAUUCGUGUUUUUGUUUGGCUGUUUUUUCCCUUUCUCUCGGUUAUGCUAUUUGUAAACGGAUUACGAACGGUUAUUGUAUUAUUGUUUUGGGCGCCUGUUCAGGAAUGGGGUUGGUGUGGUUACUUGGUUGGUUCACCGGUGUCCCGGAGUUUUAGUUUUUUUCUCCCGUGGCUUAAUUUUAUUUACAGAUUUCCCUUUCCCCUUUUAUUUUUCUUCUAUACGGUGCUUUUUAUUAUCCGAUCCGUUCAUUGAUAGGUUUGUGUAUACAUACAAGUACAUACAUCUGGGUAUAUCAUGGUUUCUCACUCGGAA